AUGAAGUUCCCAUUGCCACCCGAAACGAUGCCCAAGCUGCAGUUGCCUCUCCAUGAUCAGCAACGCAUCGAGCGCCUAGCGUCGGUGUUCGUAAAUGAGACCGUCGACCAGUACAUGGAGCAUCUGCAGGCUGCGAGGGCGCAGCGCAGGCCGCGGGUCUGCAAGAAGCGCUGGAAGCAGAUCAAGAAGCGCGGCAACAUGACCGUCUACCAGGACCGGAAUGCAGGCGAGAGCGUGAGGCAGAAGAUGAGCUUCCGGGCGUUGCUGGAGACGCCUGGGGAAUUGGUCAAGACCCACGUUGUCAUGGGACUCGGACACUGUGAGGGUCUCAUGGAAGAUGCCGUCUACGGGGCCAUCGCCCCGACUGAGGAGCUCAUGAUGGUCAAGACCGCGUACGCUUCGGACGGCGUCGUGGACUGUCGAGUUCUAUCUUCCAUUAUCACGCCCACACUGAUGGAUCCACUGCGCGCGCUGCAGAUCAAGUGGUGCGUGAACGGCUCGGCCCCCAUGAUCGUGUCCAUCAUCGGCUUCAACUUCCUGCACUCGCUCGAGUUUGAGGGUGUGCCCGACUUGAGCCAUCUGGGCCUCGUGCGCGCCAACCUGAGCAUCUGCAGCCUCUUCAGACAGCGAGAAGAGGGCGGCGUCGAGCUCUUCCUUCAAGGUUUCUGUGACCCGCUCGGCGACAUGGCUGCGAGUGUAGCCAUCUUGACCACGGCGGAGGCCAUCCUGAGCUAUGCGGGCGUGGUGCACUGCAGGCAGAUGAAGAAGCUCAACUGGGUGCUGAGCAAGAACGCGGCCGUCGUGUACGCGCAGGAGCCCGAGGUGUGCUGUGUAUGCCACAAGAACCAGAGCAGCAGCCUCCUGCCCAAGAAGCACUGCCGGAUCUGCAAGGGCCGCGUGUGCCACUCGUGCCGGAAGCCGCAGGAGCUCUGCUUCGUGGAGCUGCACUCGAGGACGGUGCGCAGGUACAAGCUCUCGUUCUGCAAGGACUGCGUCAACGCGGCGCUCUACCACAGAGCGCUGGAGAUCGCGCACGACGAGCUCGUGGAGGAGAACCCCAUGGGCGCCUACGAGGUGGACCAGGAGUCCAUCUCAUCCAUGUCGUCCUUCCGGUCCUCGUCGCAGUCCGAUCUCCGCCAGUUCUUCGCCGCGUAG